GAAGAGGUGCUGCCACUUUGUUCUUUGGUUUGACACAUUAGGACAUAAGAGGAUCAGACUGGGAUGAGAUAGAGCCACCUGCUAAAGCAGCAUGAAACCGCCCUGUUUAUUUUGUUGGUAUUGCAAAAGUAUCACUUGGAUGGAGCAAUUAGAAACAAACAAAAAUAAAAUCCCUUCAGUAAAUGCAUCCAAAUAUCCCAAAAUGCUUAAACCAAACCCUUUAAGCCAUCCAUACCCCAAGAAGCUAUGAGCUUUGGAAAAAUAGGAGGUUGGUUUGAAAUGAGAUUUUUACUAGUCAUUCUGGUCCCACUUAGUGAAGCACUUUUUUUCUGAGGCUGUUCAGAAGAGCUGUCAGAAUCUCAGUUGCUGGCAUCCUCAGGAAAUUCACGGUCUUAAAUGUGUAUGUUCUGCUUUUUAUAAAGCAGCACUACCACACUGGGGAAGUUGGAUUCCCUCCAGCAGUUGUGUGCAUGACUUGAAAAAGAGAGCGCAAGGGAGAGAAAAAAGUGCCCUGUGUUAUGAAAAAGAUUAAUUUCCCCUUUCUUUAAUCCUUCAUAUUCAGCGUUUAUUUGCAUUGAAAUGCCUCCACUCAUUAUGCAUUGAUGCUCACUCAACUGUGAACCCUGCUUGUUGCAGAGCUCUGGGCAUUGGUUUUGUAGGGGCCUGAUCACUCUGGAUUCCCAGGCGAAACCCACCCAAUUCUUGUUCUAGUGAUGAAGGCAUGUUGUAUUCUUUUUUUUUUUUUUUUUUUUCUGUUCAACUUCUGUAGAGAAAGUUGGAAAGGACGCCAAUGGCUGUUCUUUAGGGGGAAAAAAGUCUCUCUCUGGCCUUCUGCAGACCCUACUACUAUUAAUGAAGCCACACUGGGUUUACUAUGCAGUUAAUAGUUUACCAAGCAGUAGCAAUUUGAAUUCUGUGCUGGAAUUGUCUGGUUUUCUUAAUACCAAAAUAAAAUUGAAAGGUAGGAGGUGAAGAGCCAAAGGAGAAAAAAAAAAGAAAAUGUUUAUCUUUCUGCCUUUUUAUUUGAAUGACAGCCUGAACACAGAGGAGUAUGGAUUGAUUUUUCCACCUGGAUAGAUUGUGUGUGCAUGCCUAAAGAAAAACAUCAGGAGACGCAAGAGUUCAGGUUAUGCAACCAUUUUGUGUGCUGUGAUAAAGUUUACAAGAACUUUACAAGUUUAUGAGAAACCCACCUCAGCAUCCAAAAUAUGCAGCUGGAGCCACAUGAGUAAAUGGCAGAGUAACUUGGAAACUUCUCCUUUUCAUGCAAUGAUGUUGUCCACUGGGCAUAUACUGACCAAUGUGGCAGGUCUGAGAACAUAGCUGAAGCUGAAAAUAGGAAAGCUGGGGGCAAGGAAGAGCCUUGAAUCUUGAGGUGGGACGUUGACUCUAAGAUGUCCUUGAGCAGUGGAGCCUCCGGAGGGAAAGGAGUGGAUGCAAACCCGGUUGAGACAUACGACAGUGGGGAUGAAUGGGACAUUGGAGUAGGGAAUCUCAUCAUUGACCUGGACGCCGAUCUGGAAAAGGACCAGCAGAAACUGGAAAUGUCAGGCUCAAAGGAGGUGGGGAUACCAGCUCCCAAUGCUGUGGCUACACUACCAGACAACAUCAAGUUUGUGACCCCAGUGCCAGGUCCUCAAGGGAAGGAAGGCAAAUCAAAAUCUAAAAGGAAUAAGAGUGGCAAAGACACUAGCAAACCCCCUCCAGGGACGUCCCUGUUCACUCCAAGUGAGGGGGCAGCUAGCAAGAAAGAGGUGCAGGGACGCUCAGGAGAUGGUGCCAGUGCAGGAAGCCUGGUUGCUGCUCUUGCUCCCAAGGGCUCAGAGAAGGCGGCUAAGGCGCCCCGCAGUGUAGCCGGCUCCAAAAAGGAGAAGGAGAACAGCUCGUCUAAGAGCAAGAAGGAGAGAAGCGAAGGAGUGGGGACUUGUUCAGAAAAGGAUCCUGGGGUCCUCCAGCCAGUUCCCUUGGGAGGACGUGGUGGUCAGUAUGAUGGAAGCACAGGGGUGGACCCAGGAGCUGUGGAGCCACUUGGGAGUAUAGCUCUUGAGCCUGGGGCAGCGCUCAACCCUUUGGGAGCUAAACCGGAGCCAGAGGAAGGGGAGAAUGAGUGUCGCCCGCUAAAGAAAGUCAAGUCUGAAAAGAUGGAGUCCCCUGUCUCCACACCAGCAGUGCUGCCACUGCACCUUUUGGUGCCAGUGGCCAAUAAUGACAUCGCAUCCCCCUGUGAGCAGAUCAUGGUUCGUACCCGAUCAGUUGGGGUCAACACAUGUGACGUGGCUCUGGCCACAGAGCCCGAGUGCCUGGGCCCCUGCGAACCUGGGACAAGCGUCAACCUUGAGGGCAUCGUGUGGCAGGAAACAGAAGAUGGGAUGUUGGUGGUGAAUGUAACAUGGAGGAACAAGACUUACGUAGGUACACUUCUUGACUGCACACGACAUGAUUGGGCACCCCCCAGGUUCUGUGACUCUCCCACCAGUGACUUGGAAAUGCGCAAUGGUCGGGGUAGAGGCAAACGCAUGCGUCCCAACAGUAACACACCUGUCAAUGAGACAGCCACAGCCUCUGACAGCAAAGGGACCAGCAGUAGCAGCAAAACCCGAGCAGGAGCCAACAGCAAAGGCCGUCGGGGCAGCCAGAAUUCUUCAGAACAUCGCCCAGCUGCCAGCAGCACCUCUGAGGAUGUCAAGGCCAGCCCUUCCUCAGCUAAUAAGCGGAAAAACAAACCCCUUUCAGACAUGGAGCUGAAUUCUAGCUCAGAGGACUCCAAAGGGAGCAAGCGUGUCCGUACUAAUUCCAUGGGCUCAGCCACUGGCCCCCUCCCUGGGACCAAAGUGGAACCCACUGUUCUAGACAGAAAUUGUCCUUCCCCAGUCCUGAUUGACUGUCCCCACCCAAACUGCAACAAAAAGUACAAGCACAUCAAUGGACUUAAGUACCACCAAGCUCAUGCCCAUACAGAUGACGACAGCAAGCCAGAAGCAGAUGGAGACAGUGAGUACGGAGAGGAGCCCACCCUACAUGCAGACCUCGGGAGCUGCAAUGGUGCAUCUGUCUCACAAAAAGGUUCCUUGUCCCCUGCCCGCUCCGCUACCCCCAAAGUUCGGCUCAUAGAGCCCCAUAGCCCUUCUCCUUCAAGCAAAUUCAGCACAAAAGGCCUCUGUAAGAAAAAGUUGAGUGGGGAAGGGGACACAGAUCUCGGGGCCUUAUCCAAUGAUGGCUCUGAUGAUGGACCCUCAGUAAUGGAUGAAACAAGCAAUGAUGCCUUUGAUUCUUUGGAAAGGAAGUGUAUGGAAAAAGAAAAAUGUAAAAAGCCCUCUAGUUUGAAACCUGAAAAGAUUCCUUCCAAAAGUUUAAAGUCAGCCCGGCCCAUUGCCCCUGCCAUCCCCCCACAGCAAAUUUACACCUUCCAGACGGCCACCUUCACAGCAGCAAGCCCAGGUUCCUCCUCAGGCUUGACCACCACAGUGGUCCAGGCCAUGCCCAACAGCCCCCAACUGAAGCCCAUUCAGCCCAAGCCCACUGUGAUGGGAGAACCUUUCACAGUCAACCCUGCCUUGACUCCAGCCAAGGACAAGAAAAAGAAAGACAAAAAAAAGAAGGAAUCUUCAAAGGAACUUGAAAGUCCUCUGACCCCUGGGAAGGUAUGUCGAGCAGAAGAAGGCAAAAGUCCAUUCAGGGAAUCAUCAGGAGAGGGGAUGAAGAUGGAGGUGCUCCUAAAUGGCUCCUCAGACCCCCACCAGAGCCGACUGGCUAGCAUCAAGGCGGAAGCUGACAAGAUCUACAGCUUCACGGACAAUGCUCCCAGCCCUUCAAUUGGAGGCUGUAGCCGCCUAGAUAGCACUACCCCUACCCAGCCCAUGACCCCCUUACAUGUAGUGACCCAGAAUGGGGCUGAAGCCAGCUCAGUCAAAACCAACAGCCCUGCAUACUCCGACAUCUCUGAUGCUGGGGAGGAUGGGGAGGGCAAAGUGGAAAGCGUCAAAUCAAAGGACCCUGAACAGUUGGUUAAGGACGGGGCCAAGAAAACCCUUUUCCCCCCUCAGCCACAGAGCAAAGACUCACCAUAUUACCAAGGCUUUGAGAGUUACUACUCUCCGAGUUACACACAAUCCAGCCCAGGGGCUCUGAACCCCAGCAGCCAGGCAGGAGUGGAGAGCCAGGCCCUGAAGACAAAAAAGGAUGAGGAGCCUGAGAGCAUAGAGGGAAAAGUGAAGAACGAUGCCUGCGAGGAAAAGAAACCAGAGCUGAGCAGUUCCAGUCAGCAGCCCUCCGUCAUCCAGCAGCGUCCCAACAUGUACAUGCAGUCCCUGUACUACAACCAGUAUGCCUAUGUGCCCCCCUAUGGCUACAGCGACCAGAGCUACCACACCCACCUCCUGAGCACUAACACCGCUUACCGGCAGCAGUAUGAAGAACAGCAGAAACGGCAGAGCUUGGAGCAGCAGCAGCGGGGACUGGAUAAGAAGGCAGAGAUGGGCCUGAAGGAGCGGGAGGCAGCACUCAAGGAAGAAUGGAAACAAAAGCCGUCAGUUCCACCAAGUCUCACCAAGGCCCCCAGCCUGACAGACCUGGUGAAGUCAGGACCCGGGAAGGCCAAGGAGCAAGGGGCUGACCCUGCCAAAUCAGUCAUUAUUCCCAAGUUGGAUGACUCUUCCAAGCUCCCCAGCCAGGCCCCGGAAGGACUUAAAGUAAAGCUGAGUGAGGCCAGCCACCUAGGCAAGGAGGCCUCUGAGGCAAAGACAGGUGCCGAGUGUGGCCGACAGGCAGAGAUGGAUCCAAUACUCUGGUACCGACAGGAAGCAGAGCCCCGGAUGUGGACAUAUGUUUAUCCUGCCAAGUACUCAGACAUCAAGUCAGAGGAUGAGCGGUGGAAGGAGGAGCGGGACCGCAAACUGAAGGAGGAAAGGAGUCGGAGUAAGGACUCUGUUCCCAAGGAGGAUGGGAAGGAAAGCACAAGUAGUGACUGCAAGCUGCCCACGUCUGAGGAAUCCCGCCUCGGGAGCAAGGAGCCCCGACCAAGUGUCCACGUGCCUGUGUCCUCUCCCCUCACCCAGCACCAGUCCUACAUCCCCUACAUGCACGGCUACUCCUACAGCCAGUCCUAUGACCCCAACCACCCCAGCUACCGGGGCAUGCCUGCCGUGAUGAUGCAGAACUACCCAGGUUCCUACCUGCCUUCCAGCUACUCUUUCUCCCCGUAUGGCAGCAAGGUCUCAGGGGGUGAAGAUGCUGACAAGGCACGAGCCAGCCCCAGUGUCAGUUGUAAAUCCAGCUCAGAGUCCAAAGCCCUGGACCUCUUGCAGCAGCAUGCCAGUCAUUACAAGAGCAAGUCUCCCACGAUAAGUGAUAAAACUUCUCAGGAGAGAGAUCGGGGAGGUUGUGGGGUGGUUGGGGGUGGUGGCAGCUGUAGCAGCGUCGGGGGAGCAGGCGGGGGUGAAAGGAAUGUUGACCGGCCCCGAACCUCCCCUUCUCAGCGCCUGAUGUCUACACACCACCACCACCACCACUUGGGGUACUCAUUGCUCCCAGCACAGUACAACUUACCCUAUGCAGCAGGGCUUUCUUCUACAGCCAUUGUUGCCAGCCAGCAAGGCUCGACUCCUUCACUCUACCCACCCCCCCGGAGGUGAGAAUGAACACCAAGUGCCCGGAUAAAGUCAGCUUCACGGGCCCGGACUGGCUCACCCAAGGAGGUGCUGGAGGUGCCAUUUAGACAUCAGUUAAAUGGUAUUGAUCAUCUUGUUUGCCGUUCCCACCAUGACUGAAGGCAGACCCUUGGUUAUCUUGCCUCCACCAGAUCCCCGGACUCCCUGACCCUCCCUCUUCCUCAGGAGCUGGAGAGCCGGUACUUAGCAAACAUAUUUAUUCUCUUGGCCACAGUAGUGACUGUUGUGGCCUCUGUGGAGGUGAAGGCACGGGGAGCAACCAGGGGAACAUGGCCUCAGCCCAGAGAAGUCACUGGUCUGUUCCCCAAGCCCCUGGUCAGCUGCCGGAGCAGUACCAAGCCCCCCAGGGAGGGACCCCCGAGCACUGGGUAAGGUCUGAAGAUAGCACAGCAGCCAUACCCCUCUCACCAUCAUUACCACCAUCACCAGACCCUGCAUCUCCCCAGUGGUUUGGGCCCUGGGAACUGGCAGCACGUGGAGGGAUUAGAAUCUCAGGAAAGAAAUUGGGGGCUGUUUUCCCUGCAGUUGUGAAAACAAGGUCUUCAAACAUGAAGACUUCUCCCCUCUCACAUGGGCACAUGUAAACGCCCAGAGCCCAGCCUGGAAAGGGAGACCAAGGCAUUUGCCCCACCAUGGCCUUGGGCUGCCUGUCAGGCAGAAGGCCAGGGGCCCCAGCACCAGCACGGAGCUCCCCGCGGAUUCUGGGCGAGAGCUGGAGCUGGAGCAAGAAUUGGAGUCUGUGAACUAGAAGCUGCAAGCCCACUAAGCCCUGCUGCUGCUUAGCCCCCACUCCUUGCCCUUUUCUCACCUCCCUCCCGACCCCUUGGUGCCUCUCCCAGGGGGAUCCCCACACUGAUCUCUCCUCCUCUUUUCCACUGCUUGGCUCUUAAGGCUCAGGCAGGUAAAACAGUAUCCCCCGGCAUGGGGAGCUUUGGAGUCUGCCAGGUCACCUGAGCGCAAGCCAGGAGGCAGGCCCUGGGAGCACCCAGCCCUUCUUAAGAGAUGUCCUGUCCAAGCAGCCAUCUGAGAAUCCUCCUCAUCUAGGGCCGUAAGUCUAUACAGCCCAAUUUCUCUGUACACAACUACAUGACUUUAUGUAGCUCAACCUGUAACCCCAUGUGUGCCAACAUAAGCCGUGUUUUUUUGUAACACACUUUUUUGUUUUAGGGGCUACUGACCAUGGGAGAUUAUCUGUUCCUUAGACCCUGGCAUAACACAUGCAAGCCAUUACUCCUCGGAGCCACAGAGUGUAGUCAGUGGAGCUGUGCUUUGAGGCAGAGACAUUUCUCUGCUCUCCUUACAAAUGCAGUCCCAGUCCAGGCUUUAUGCUGUGUCACUGGGAAAGUGACUGUGAUUCGGUAGCUUUAUUGGAGUCACUUCUUCCCCAAGGUGUGGGGAGCUUUAGCUCUUAGUUUUUGAGGUAUCAUCCCUUUGUCUUCCUCCUCUCCUGUCUUUCGUUGACCUUGUGGAUUGAGAGAGAGAUGAAGACUGACAGACACCAACCUAGGUUAGAGACGGGUGUUUGUGACCAGAGUGCCAAAAAUGACCAUUUAAGAGCAGGGACUUGGCUCUGACAGUUUGGGGCAUGGAGGUGGAAGACGGUAAGCACAAUGCCCAGUGGAGGCUGCUUUCCAAGAUCCCCAGAGCCCUGUUCUAGAGAGGCUUAGGGUCUCUUGCCCAAGAGGAGCCCCUCUGACCUACAGACCUUUCCUCUAGGUUUCCAUGUCCUUGUUUUUGUUCAAGUUGGGUUCUGAGCCCUCCCCAAAACCCCACUGAUUUAGACCUCUUAACAGGCCCCAGGCAGCCUCCCUUCCCCAUUCAGUCCUUCUGCCUCCUGAUGCCCCAGCGGGCAGUGCUCUGAGCAGUGACUUCGCUUAUACCCAUGGAAGUCGUUGGUGUGGACACCUUCAUCCCACCUGAAUUUCAGCCUGAUUUUGCCCUCCCAGACUCUGUCGGGUGGAGCCAAGGCCCCAUCUCUGUUCCUGUUUGUUUUUAAAUAUUGUUGUGUGUUUUGUAUCUGGCGCUGGCUUUUACAGCGUGCUCUGUACAUAUUGUGAAGAAACCAUUUGGAGUCAUUUUCUUUCCUGUUGGGCAGGCAUGGCCCCUUUCCACUUUGUUCUGUAACAGAGAAGAAGAGCUUCUGUAUUAGCAGGGCAUCCUUGGGUUCUGCAGAAGGGAACAGUUUUUUCUUUUUUUUCCUUAAAAAACAUUUGGCUCUUUAAUCCUUAUAUCCAAGCCUCCCUUGAAAGGCAGGAGCUGAGCUGCCCAGAAGAGCAGGUAAAAGGAACAGUGGCAGAAUGGCACUGCCUUUACCUGAUCCUCCUGGUCCCCGAUCCUUGCCAGGUCCAGUCUUCCCUCCCUGAAGUAACACAGAACAGCAGCAGUGAUGGUUGAAAUAGAGAUCCUUAACGAGUACUGAGUGAAGGGUUUGCUGUCCACCCCUAACCUCUCUCCAUGGGGAGAAAGAACAGAGAGGGGGAACCUGUGGCACCCAUGAUCUGGUCAUAGGGAUGAGACACUCAAGGAUUCCCACCCGCCUUACCCCAGCAAAGGCUGGAAGUGUUUGCUGCUAAGGGCCGAGACCACCAGACCAAGGCUCUCUCUGAGCUACCCCUGCCCAGUUCUUUUGACAGACAUUGCUCCUCCAGGCCCCCACAGAGAAGCUGGAGGGAAGAAGCCUUGUCCCCAGGUAGGACAGCCAAGGCUUGGAGAGCUGCUCUUUAGGAUUCACAUCUGCUUCUUCCUCAUUUAAGCUGUGCCAGUUCCCUUCAUCCCCUUUCCCUGCCUGUACAUGUAUGUAUACACGUGUAUUUCCUUCUCUUACCUCACCCUCUCCACACAUCUCAAGGUCAAAGGACCACAUUCAGAAGGGUUAAGAGGGCACCCCAUGAAAUGAAAUGAUGCUUCUUGAACCUCUUCUCUCCAGGCUUCAAGGUGGGGGUGGAAGGGCUUGGUCUCGGGAGUGGGAGGGUAAGACUACAGAAGGGCUAGAGUGUUACUGUAUACGGGCUUUGAGGUCACCCACGCCACUUAUUAUCCCAUGUACCCUACCACCAUCUCAGUGUCUACUCUGAUGCCCCCAAGAUUCAACUGGGCAGCUAGUUGGCCCUGUAAUUCUGGGCCUUUGUUAUUUGUUUUAUUAUUAGGGCAUCCCAGGAAGCUUUCUGAUGAUCCUGUGCCAUGGGCCCCUCCUGGGAUCAAGCCCUUCCCAGGCCCCGUCCCCAGCCCCUCCUGCCCCAGCCCACCCGCUUGCCUUGGUGCUCAGCCCCCAUUGGGAGCAGGUUGGGGCGAGCUGGAGGCCCGGGCUGGAGGGGCAGUGUUGCUGUUCAUAGCUUUUGUCCCACUGGCAUUGCUCUGUUGGAUUUAAUUUCUCAGUCUUCCUGAUUCUUCCCUUCUGUAAAGUGUACAUUACCAAGUUCCUUGUUUUUUUAUAUAUAUAUAUAAAUAUAUAUAUAUACAAACUGUACUCUUUUUGCCUUUGUACAUUCAGGCAAGAAGAGAAAAUAAAUCUUUUUAAGAGACAAUCACAAAUCUGUGAGGGCUGCUGGUUAUUUCUCCUGGAGUUUGCUGCUGAGCUGCCUCCUCUCUCCUCACUUUUCUCCCUCAGCUUUCCUCAUCUUCCUGGUCCUGCUCCACAUGUAUCCUCAGCUCCACCUUCCCUGGCUGAUGGCAAGCUGUUGAAUCAGUGUCCAGACUACCUGCCCUGCAGCCCUUUCCUGCCCAGCAGUAUUUUCCAGCUUGGCCGCGGGCUUACGCAGGAGCUUUAUCCUGUGCCCUGGCCUCUCCUGUCUUCUCCCAUAGAUCCCAUUCACCAAAGUGGCUUUGGACCCCUGGGUACUCUGGGACCUGUCUCCCAGAGGCCCUGGCUUUGGACACUCACCUGUGAAACUAUGCAGCUGGGAGCUCUCUGCCUGAGUUUGCACUACUUCUUAAACCUGCCUGGGCAUUAGAUCAGAUGGUUUUUAGGAAUGAGUGGGAAACUAGCCUCUAACACUCCCCCAGAUGCCAGCCUCCAAAGUUGCUCUGAUCCAGAGCCCAGAGAAUCAUUCCUGCCGGUGAAUUCCUGUGGCUACCCCAUCAGAACAAGGGCUAAGGGCUUAUGGGUCAAGAGCAUUUGAUCAGAAUUUCAAAGGGUGGUACAUUCGGAAACACAGCCCAACCAAACCAUUGUUCCACCUCUUGAACUUUCUCCUUUUCCUCUGACUUCCUCCUCCCCUCUUUUUUUCCCCUUUCUCUCUACUUCCUUCUCUUAAUUGGCUUUGGACUUGAAGUAUAUUUUUAAGUUAUUUGUUGUAUUUAUUGAAUAAAGUUUUUAA